AUCGACCCGUUAAUUCUAUUCCUCUGUCCACACGGACUCACAAACCCACACAACAUCCCCAGCAUUUUGUUUCACUUCAAUUGGGACAGUCUUGACCGUCUGACACGUCCGCCCCUCAGAAUGGGGGCACAAUCCUAGUGUCGGACACUUCCGCCCCGCUGGAUGGGUCGGACGGUUUUUAGUGUUGAACAGUCUCUGGUGCCAGACACUUCCGCCCCGCAGGAUGGAGCGGAAGUUGGCAGAAUGGCGUGCCAGGCAGAUGUUGUCGAGGCCGCGGAAGGACAGGGCGUUUUGGGGAGAUCGCGGAGUUUUCAGCGCCUUGUUGGAGUGGUUCCGGUCCCCGAGGGAUGAGGCAGAGUCCCGGCAGCAGUCCCCCGAGAGCAGUGUAAAGGAAGAAAUUGACCACAGUUGGUCCAAUGAGAGAUCUCUAGCAGAACCUGUUGAAUCUGAUCACUCUAUCUUCACAGCCGUGACGAUCCUGAAAUUCCUGCUCUGGCUGGUCCUACUCGGUCUCUUCAUUGAGCUGGAGUUUGGCCUGGCAUAUUUCGUACUGUCAAUGUUUUAUUGGAUUUAUGUUGGGACCCGAGACCCAUCCAAGAAGAAGCAAGGUGAAGUUAGCGCAUACUCUGUGUUCAAUCCUGGCUGUAAGGCUAUUGAAGGUAGUCUGACAGCAGAGCAGUUUGAGCGAGAACUUCAGUACAGACCCAUGGCUGGCAGUUGCCAUGAUAUAACUAUAGGAGGAAGUGGGCCAGAUCUUCUGAUCCAUAGUGAUGCUACACACAUCAAUUCUGACAGCAGAGACCAUUGUGGCCUACUGUUUUUUGCAUUUGGGACUUUGGAUUUUGACUGGAAUAAUGAAGUAUUGGUGCAGCCAUCCAGGGAAAAUACUGGCAAAGUGAAGCAGCAGAGAAGUUAUACCCCACCAAACACCUCCCCUUUUACAGCAUCAACUGCCUUAUUCAGAAUCCUAUUGAUAUACAGAUAAGCAAAACAGUGGGGUUUCUACAUCGGCAGCUUACCAUUGGCAGGACCAAUACCGAUCCAAACUAGAGACCAGACAGACACC